AUGAAGCCCAUCACCGUUUGGUUGACCCCUCCUGGUCCAAACUCAUGGAAGGUCAUCACCAUCAUGAUCGAGCUUGGAGUGCCUUACGAGAUCAAAUCAUUCAAGCACGACGACGUCAAGAAGCCACCAUUUACCGACCUCAACCCCAAUGGUCGGGUUCCGGCAAUCGUCGACCCCAACACGGACCUGACGCUCUGGGAGUCUGGAGCAAUUAUCCAGUAUUUGAUUGAGGUCUACGACACGGAAAAGAAACUCACCUAUGAAGCUUUUCGCGAGAAGCACCUCUUGAACCAAUACCUUCAUUUUCAGAUGAGUGGCCAAGGUCCGUACUUUGGUCAAGCUGGAUGGUUCAAUUCUUUUCACUGGGAAAAGGUUCCUUCAGCAAUUGAGCGAUACGAAAGUGAAGUCUUACGAGUGAUCGGAGUGUUGGAUGGCGUGCUCAAAGACAGGGAGUGGCUUGUUGGCGACAAAUGCACCUUUGCUGAUCUUUCGUUCCUCCCCUGGAACGACCGCAUUGAUAUGAUUGUUCUGUCCAAGUCAAUCGAUGAGAUCAAGGCGAAAUACCCGAACUUCGCAGCCUGGCAGGCUCGCAUGGUUACGAGGGACUCGUGGAAGCAGGCCAUGGAAACACGAAGUCAACUCAUGGAUGAACAGGGUUUGAUGCCGAACGGUAUGCCCAAGGGUAUCACCAGCAUGGCUCAGUAUGAGGAGCACAUGGCCGAGAUGGCCCAAGAGAAGAAGGAUUAG